AUGGCUAUCUCGGUGUACCGGACUCGUGGAGAUGUUGAAGAAUUCCUCACCUAUGUACAAUCUGUGAUGCGCAACGCCGCGAUUUGGAAUGGCGACAUCGUAGUUGGCGACAACGUAGUUUCAGAUGAAAUGAAAACGAGCAUCGCAUCCAUGAAGCACGACUGCUCUGAAGAGGAAAACCUCAGGAUGCAUUGGCAAAACCGCAUUGCCUUCUCCAUCAUCGUAGGCAUGGUGGCCGGUGCCUUUGCCUUUGCGCUCACAUAUCAAUGCUUUCGUGACUACCAACGUCGCCGUACCCUGCCGAGAGGGGCAGACGAGUCUCCUCCGGCUGAGGUCUGA